GCCUUUGUGGUGGGAUGGUUUCACCUUCCCUUUUUGGCCUGCCAUGUCAUUCUUCUUCCCAUCAUCAAUCUUUCCACCAUGUCCACUCCACCGUUGACGGACACGAGCGCUGUGUCACAGGCCCCGAACUCUGCAUCACCAACUGCAUCGCUGACGCAGACGAUCCCACACACAACCGAUUGGGCAGUCUUCAAGGGCAACUGUCACUGCGGCCGCUAUCGCUUUGAAUAUUCGCUCCUCAAAAGCUAUAGGCUCGUGGACAUAGCUGUGAGAUGCACCUGCACGCUCUGUUCCAUGAAGGGCUACAUUUGGCUUCCUUGUCCUUCGACGCCUGACGAGGCCAAAUUGACAUGGACACGAGAUCAUGGCCCUUUGAUCAAGUAUGAAAGUCCUUUGGUAGCGGAUCAGUUCUGUAGCAACUGUGGCACGGGAUUGGUGGGCAUGCAUUCGCAUGGACCUCUGAAGGGACUACUGUUGGUCAAUGUGCGGGCUUUUCAGGGUGUCAGUAUUUUCUUCCUUGAGUCGCUUGUCAAGACAGCCAAUCUCGAAGACGAAGUACCUCGCGAACUAUUGCCUUGGAGUCCAGAUGUCAUGUACCACGGUAGGUGCCACUGUGGAACAGUUCGGUUCGAGCUGAUGAGGACCGGACGAAACCCGGAAGAGUUAUGGCCAGUGAGAGAGGACAAUUGCAGUUCCUGUGUGAGAGUAAGAAGAACCCUGUAUCUGUAUGCGGCCAUCGACAGUUACUAA